AGCCUGUUUCCUCCCCUCUGGGCUAUCAGCUGCUUUGGAGAUUAGUUUUAUAGUAAAGAUUCCUUGUGUAGAGCAGUAUGAAAGCGACUACUUUCCCAGGGGCACCAGCCCCUUUGCUCGUACCCUGUCGGAAGCCAACAUGUCCCUGAAAAAUGAGCCAAGAGUAAAUACCUCCGCACUGCAGAAAAUUGCUGCUGACAUGAGUAAUUUGAUAGAAAAUCUGGACACGCGGGAGCUGCACUUUGAGGGAGAAGAGGUGGAUUACGAUGUCUCCCCCAGCGAUCCCAAGAUACAGGAAGCGUGUAUUCCGUUCUCUGCUAUUUAUAAGACUCAAGGAUUUAAGGAGCCUAACAUACAGACGUAUCUUUCCGGCUGUCCAAUAAAAGCCCAAGUCCUGGAAGUGGAACGCUUUACAUCUACAACAAGGGUGCCAAGUAUCAAUCUUUACACUAUUGAAUUAACACACGGGGAAUUUAAGUGGCAAGUUAAGAGGAAAUUCAAACACUUUCAAGAAUUUCACAGAGAGCUGCUCAAGUACAAAGCUUUUAUCCGAAUCCCCAUUCCCACCAGAAGGCACACAUUUAGAAGACAGAACGUCAAAGAAGAGCCUCGAGAGAUGCCAAGUUUGCCCCGUUCCUCUGAAAACAUGAUCAGAGAAGAACAGUUCUUUGGCAGAAGGAAACAACUAGAAGAUUAUUUGACAAAGCUACUAAAAAUGCCCAUGUAUAGAAACUACCAUGCGACAACAGAAUUCCUUGACAUAAGCCAGCUGUCUUUCAUCCAUGAUUUGGGACCAAAGGGCAUAGAAGGUAUGAUAAUGAAAAGAUCCGGGGGACACAGAAUACCGGGCUUGAAUUGCUGUGGUCAAGGAAGAGCCUGCUACCGCUGGUCCAAAAGGUGGUUGAUAGUGAAAGAUUCAUUUUUGCUAUAUAUGAAACCAGACAGUGGUGCCAUUGCCUUUGUCCUGCUGGUCGAUAAAGAAUUCAAAAUUAAGGUGGGGAAGAAGGAGACAGAGACCAAAUAUGGGCUCCGAAUUGAUAAUCUUUCAAGGACACUUAUUUUAAAAUGCAACAGCUAUAGACAUGCUCGGUGGUGGGGAGGGGCUAUAGAAGAAUUCAUCCAGAAACACGGCACCAACUUUCUCAAAGAUCAUCGAUUUGGGUCAUACGCUGCUAUCCAAGAGAAUACUUUAGCUAAAUGGUACGUUAAUGCCAAAGGGUAUUUUGAAGAUGUGGCAAAUGCUAUGGAAGAGGCAGAAGAAGAGAUUUUUAUCACGGAUUGGUGGUUGAGUCCAGAAAUCUUCCUGAAACGCCCGGUGGUUGAAGGAAACCGUUGGAGAUUGGACUGCAUUCUCAAACGAAAAGCUCAACAGGGAGUGAGAAUCUUUGUGAUGCUUUACAAAGAGGUGGAGCUUGCUCUUGGGAUCAACAGUGAAUACAGCAAGAGGACUUUGAUGCGUCUACACCCCAAUAUAAAGGUGAUGAGACACCCAGAUCAUGUGUCAUCUAGUGUAUAUCUGUGGGCUCAUCAUGAGAAACUUGUUGUUAUUGACCAGUCAGUGGCCUUUGUGGGUGGGAUCGACCUGGCCUAUGGCAGAUGGGAUGACAACGAGCACAGACUCACAGACGUGGGCAGUGUGAAGCGUGUCACUGUAGGACCAUCUCUGGGUUCCUUCACAGCUGAAACAACAGAGUCCAUGAAAUCCUUGAGCCUCAAAGAUAAAAAUGAAUCUAGUAAAAAUCCGCCCACCCUGAAGAGUGUUGAUGAUAUGGAUUCAAAACUGAAAGGAAUAGGAAAGUCCAGAAAGUUCUCUAAAUUUAGCCUCUACAGGCAGCUGUACAAGCACCACCUGCACAACGCGGACAGCAUCAGCAGCGUUGACAGCGCCUCCAGUUAUUGUAAUCACUGUAGAAGUCGUCAGAAUUUAAUCCAUGGUUUAAAACCCCACCUGAAACUCUUUCGCUCUUCCAGUAAGUCUGAGCAGGGGCUCGCUAGACCUGACGUGGACACCAGCUCCAUCCGCAGUUUGCAGACAGGCAUGGGAGAGCUGCACGGGGAAACCAGGUUCUGGCAUGGAAAGGACUACUGCAAUUUUGUCUUCAAAGACUGGGUUCAACUGGAUAAACCUUUUGCUGAUUUCAUUGACAGAUACUCCACGCCCCGGAUGCCUUGGCAUGACAUUGGCUCUGCAGUCCACGGGAAGGCGGCUCGGGACGUGGCCCGUCACUUCAUCCAGCGCUGGAACUUCACAAAGAUUAUGAAGUCAAAAUAUCGGUCCCUUUCUUACCCUUUCCUGCUUCCCAAAUCUCAAACAACAGCCCAUGAGUUGAAAUACCAAGUGCCUGGGUCCGUCCAUGCCAAUGUACAGUUGCUGCGCUCUGCUGCUGAUUGGUCGGCCGGAAUAAAGUACCACGAAGAGUCCAUCCACGCUGCCUACCUCCACGUGAUAGAGAACAGCAAGCACUAUAUCUAUAUAGAAAACCAGUUUUUCAUAAGUUGUGCUGAUGACAAAGUUGUGUUCAACAAGAUUGGUGAUGCCAUUGCACAGAGGAUACUGAAAGCUCACAGGGAAAGCCAGAGAUACCGGGUGUAUGUGGUGAUACCGCUGCUGCCAGGAUUUGAAGGCGACAUCUCCACGGGAGGAGGAAACGCCCUGCAGGCAAUCAUGCACUUCAACUACAGGACCAUGUGCAGAGGAGAAAAUUCCAUCCUUGGCCAGCUAAAAGCAAAGCUUGGCAAUCAGUGGAUAAAUUACAUAUCAUUCUGUGGCCUUAGAACACAUGCAGAGCUUGAAGGCAACCUCGUCACUGAGCUCAUCUAUGUCCAUAGCAAGUUGCUAAUUGCUGAUGACAACACCGUUAUUAUUGGCUCUGCCAACAUAAAUGACCGAAGCAUGCUGGGGAAGCGUGACAGUGAAAUGGCUGUCAUCGUGCAGGACACAGAGACAGUCCCUUCGGUGAUGGAUGGAGAAGAGUACCAGGCUGGCCGCUUCGCCCAGGGACUUCGGCUGCAAUGCUUCAGGGUUGUCCUUGGCUAUCUUUCUGAACCAAGUGAAAACAUUCAGGAUCCAGUGAGUGACAAAUUCUUCAAGGAGGUGUGGGUUGCAACAGCAGCUCGAAAUGCUACAAUUUAUGAUAAGGUGUUCCGGUGCCUUCCCAAUGAUGAAGUACACAAUUUAAUUCAAUUGAGAGACUUUAUAACCAAGCCCGUCUUAGCAAGGGAAGAUCCCAUUAGAGCUGAGGAAGAACUGAAAAAGAUCCGUGGGUUCUUAGUGCAAUUCCCCUUUUAUUUCCUGUCUGAAGAAAGCCUCCUGCCUUCUGUUGGAACCAAAGAAGCCAUAGUGCCGACAGAGGUUUGGACUUAAGGGAGAUAUUCAUUUGCAGCUCAAGGACUUCCACCUUGAAAAGUACACUGCACACUGUGACAUUAGGGAGAUCCUCACAGCCGCAGCCAGCCUGGUAUACCCUGGGAUCUGCCCCAGGGACCCUCUGGAUUGGCUGGACAGGGCUGCGGUCCUACUGAUUGAAGGACGCUGAACAUCAGG